UCAACAGUGCCCAUGUAACAUCCACUACGUGCUGACUGUACUGUUCGGCGUCCUCGGGUUCCGCUCAGCUGAAGAUGGAAUUACGCGGAGUUUUGAUUUGCGCUGUUUUAACGUCCUUGAUGGAAGUAAACUCGGGAAGUUUGACGAACUGCGACGAAACGCGUAAAGUUUUCCAGCUGAAGCAGAUCGGACCCGUGAAAUAUUUACCUGAGACGCCGAGGACAGGUUCAGACCUCCAGGUUUGUGUGUCCAGGAAUUUAACCUGCUGCACUAAAAAGAUGGAGGAGCGCUACCAGGUGGCGGCGCGACGGGACAUCCAAAACCUUCUCCAGAUAUCCAGCUCUGGUCUAAAGGUCCUGAUCUCACGAAAUGUGGCGGCGUUUCAAGAAACCGUGGAGUCUCUAGUGCGUCAGGCGGAGAAUUACACUCACACCGUCCUCCUGCACACCUACCGUGACUUGUCCCAUCACGCGGCGGGUCCUGUCGGGGAGUUCUUCACGGACGUCAGUCUCUUCGCGUUGGGGUCCGAGCUCAGCCUGGAAGAAGCCUCGCACCGCUUCUUCGAUGCUCUCUUUCCCUUGGUUUACGAGCGACUCGUGGAGCCCGGUCUCUCCCGUCUGACCCCCGCUUACGGCGAAUGCGUCCGUGUGGCCUGCCGGGACCUGGCGCCCUUCGCCGGUGCCCCCGGGCGCCUCGCCGCGCACAUCUCCCGCGCCUCCGCGCCGGGCCGGGUGUUUCUGCAGGCGCUUCAUUUGGGCGUAGAGGUCAUCAACACCACGGAUCAUAUUCAGAUCAGCCGUGAGUGCAGACGGGCGCUGCUACGGAUGAAUUACUGCCCGCACUGUCAGGGUCUGACCGGCAGCGAGCCCUGCACGGGCUACUGUCUCAAUGUGAUGAGAGGAUGUCUGGCCAGCCUGGCCGAAGUGGAUUCUCAUUGGAGGGAGUUUGUGCGCUCGCUGGAGGCUCUCGAGACUCGCACGCGCGGAGGACAGGACCUGGAGCAGGUGCUUUUGGGAGUACACGGACUGGUCGGGGACGCUGUGGCACACGCACAGAAGAACGCACCUCGACUCUCUGCACAGGUGCACAAGGUGUGUGGUGGUCCUGGCAGACAGCCGGAGAAGGUGAGCAGCGUCCAGCAUGGGACCAGCAGCCGGAACUCUAUUCCUCUUAAAGGGCCGGUACGAAACACAGACGACACGCUCAGUCACAGACGAAAGGAGUUUCUCAACAGUCUGCGUCUCUACCGGACGUUUUAUGGUGGUCUGGCGGAUCAGCUGUGUGUCAGUGAACUGGCCUCUGCAGACGGGACGUCCUGCUGGAGCGGCGCUGAUGUUGACAGAAGCUACACUCUCAGAGUCGUUGGCAACGGGAUUAAAGCUCAGGCGGAAAACCCGGAAGUGAAAGUGAAGGAGGUGGAUCCGGUGAUCAGUCAAGUCAUCGAUAAACUCAAGCACAUCAAUCAAUUGUUGCAGGGCCGGGCUAUCCCCAAAUUUGGCACUCUGGACCAGAUUGAGACGGGAAGUGGAGAUGGAUACAGUGGAGACUGUGAUGAUGAAGAUGGAUGCUGGGGCUCAGGCAGUGGACCAAAAGACAGAAGAACAGUCACUUUAUUGACGCCAGAAAAUUCCAACAAUCACAGAUACCAUGACCCACAAACAGAUGCCUCUGAUCGGCUGAAUUCUGGCACGAGUGUGGUUCAGACUCUCUCGCCGGCUCUGCUCUUGAUAUUCUCCUCCUUCGCGCUGUUGUCAGGGUAACGUGGACCGUACGGGGCUUUCCUGCUCCAAAGACUGCUUAUCCUCACGGAAACGUGCCAAAGUUUCUGCUGAACGAGAGGAUACUGACCUCAGAGGUGGACUUUUAACUGACAUGAACUGAGAAACUUUUUAACAACAAAGUGUUUUUAUUAUAAACGUAACAGGCUACUAAGAAGUUCAGCGAACAUUGUAUUCCUUUGAAUAAUGCGCUUUAUCAAAUCAACACCUUUCAGAAAUAAAUCUGUAUUAAUUUAAUUCAAACAGCGCACUUCAUAUUAGCGCAAGAUGCAAUAUAUCACUGCUUUUGAAAUCUUUGGUACUAUGUACCUAAUGACCUCUGUCUUUGUUUGUUUGUGUUUAUUUUGACAUUGUUACUGUGUCUUUUUUAUCUGGAAUUGCGUGUGACGCACCUUAACACAAUUUAUAGAGAUUCACAGUGUAUUUAUUCCAGCCUACAGAGCGAGAUAUUGAAGCGAUAUAUUGAGAAAGUAGACGUGUGACAUGACAAAACUCUUGGUUUUUGUUUAUUUUGCGCAUGUAGCCGGCCGAACCAAUGCAAUAAUAAAACAUGUUCUUCUCCCUCA